UACAACCUACUGCAUUUUCCUGGCUAUGCGUCGUCUGCAUUGUUGGUUUUGAAAUGUGUUUGUGCAAACUCUAAAUCGCAUAUUGUGUUGCAUUUGUUGCAAGAAGCAUAUAAAAUAAGAAAUUCAAGAAAGUUAUAGUUAAUAAAAGUUAUUCACAAGACGUGUUUUUUUCGCAAACAUUGGAAGUUGACGCGAAAAUAAUAUUUUUUCGCGACCAUAUCAUGGCCCAGCCAUUGAAGAAUAAUCCCAAAUACAAUUUCGGUCUGCUGGUCACCCCUGGUUCUACAGACACUUCAAGCGUGACAACAGACAGUGUCAAUGUGGAGUCGGAUUCCACAAGUUUCUCUGAACAGGCCUCGGAGAGAUCCUUGUCCUAUCCUACAGACUACAGCCGCCUCACAUCUGGUGGCUCGUCUACAAGUCGAGCUAGAUACAACACAGGCUUGUUUACAAGUGGAAGUGCCAGUACCUCUAGUGCACCUGCUGGCUUUCGAACUCCCCGCACAAAUUCAGGUUCCUCCAAGAGACGGACCUCUGAUACUGGGGGCAGUGCAACUCCAGGGGCUGCAACUCCUGCUCAAAACAAUUGUUCAACACUUGUUGCAAUUGUUGAAGGUAGAGGCUUAGCUAAGGGAGAAGUGGGUAUGGCAACAUUGGACUUAAAGAAACCAGAACUUAGUCUCUCACAGUUCUCAGACAUGCCCACAUACGUGAAGACCAUCACUAAAUUGCAGAUUGCUCAGCCCCUUGAGAUUAUAUUUCCAAAUACUGCAUGUGAGUCAGGUACAAUGACAAACUUAUCAAAGAUUGUCACAGAACAAUUUCCAAACACAACCAUAUCUACAGUUCAGAGGAAAUACUUCAAUGAAACAAAAGGAUUGAUGAACGUGAAGCACCUCUGUGUACCAGAAUACAGCAGUGUCGAGCUGGAGAUUGCAUCGAAGUAUUACUGCUUGGCUGCAGCCGCAGCCCUGAUCAAGUACAUAGAGUUUAUCCAGAACACAGUCUAUGCACCAGCAUCACUGAAGGUGGUCUUCAAGGGCAGUGAGAACACAACCAUGAUUGACAUGUCGACAGCUCGUAAUCUGGAGUUGCUGCAGAACCAGCGUGAUCCCCGCAGUAGUCACACACUGUAUGGAAUACUCAACUACACAAAGACAGUUGGGGGAGCCAGACUUCUCAGAUCCAACAUUCUACAGCCACCCUCUGAUCCAGAAACAAUCAGCCUGAGGCAGGAUGUGGUAGCAGAGCUCAUUGAGAAGUCUGAGGUGUUCUAUAAUCUGCAGGCCGUCAUAAGCAAGUUCCUCGACAUCGACCACCUCUUGUCCCUCUGUGUUCAGGUCCCAAAGCAGGAGAAUGUGAAAACAGCAGAGACAAAGAUCACUAACAUGAUGUACCUGAAGCACACGCUGGAGCUGGUGGGACCUCUAAGAGAUGCUCUGGGGGACUGUGAGAACCCACUGCUCAAGGCUACAUACAAGUUACUGGAUGACCCUAGGUUUGUGUUAAUGCUUAGCAAGAUCAACUGUAUCAUACACGAGGACGCCAGAUAUCAAAAAGGCUUACUUGUCAUGAGGUCCCAGAAGUGCUUCGCUGUAAAGCCAAAGAUCAACGGACUUUUGGACAUGGCCCGGAAGACCUACACUGAAAUUGUGGAUGACAUUACAGACCUUGUUCAGCAGAUGGCUGCGACAUACAGCCUGCCCCUGAAGGUGUUCUACAGCUCCUCCCGGGGGUUCCAUGCCCAGAUGCACUGCGGGCCCUCUGACAGCUACACCACUGACAACCUGCCCGCCAUCUUCAUCAAGGUCACAAAGUUCAAGAAUACCUUAAGCUUCACAACAACAGAUCUGAUAAAGUUGAAUGACAGAGUUAAAGAGUCACUGUAUGAGAUAUACAUUAUGACGAGCAUUGUUAUAACGGAGCUGUUGAAUGGUAUUCGUGAUGACAUCGGCUGUCUGUACAAGCUUACGGACACUGUGGCCAUGUUAGACAUGCUGCUGGCAUUUACUCAUGCAUGCACACUGUCUGAUUAUGUACGGCCAGAGAUCACCGAUACACUGGCUAUCAACCAGGGUCGGCACCCGAUACUGGAGAAAAUAUCUGUGGAACUCCCAGUACCAAACAACAUUUAUGCAUCUGAGGAGAGCAACUUCAUGAUAAUAACAGGGCCAAACAUGAGUGGAAAGUCCACAUAUCUGCGUCAGAUUGCUUUGCUUCAGAUAAUGGCGCAGAUCGGCUCAUUUGUUCCUGCUGAUUAUGCCUCUUUCCGUGUUGUAAACCAGAUUUUCUCAAGGAUUGGCAGUGAUGAUGACAUUGAAACAAACUCUUCAACUUUUACCCUGGAGAUGAAGGAAAUGAACUAUAUCAUACAGACAGCUUCAUCUAGAUCUCUGAUUAUCAUAGAUGAGCUUGGAAGAGGAACCAGUGUGGAGGAAGGGGUGGGUCUCUGCUUCUCCAUCUGUGAACACCUGCUCAACACCAAGGCAUUCACCUUUUUUGUUACCCAUUUUCCUGAGCUUACAACGCUGGAUAGCUUGUAUCCAAAUGUGGAAAACUACUUUUUUGAGCUGCAAAGAAUGUUCAGUACUGAAGCCAACUGUGAAAAGGUCGUUUAUACACAUACACUUGCAAAGGGCAAAACCCAAGAGAAACACUAUGGGAUUCAGUUGGCAGAGAUGUCAACGUUACCACAGUCUGUGAUAGCAGAAGCCAAACAAUUGGCUACAAAACUUGCAGAGGAAAAGAAGAACAGUCAGCGCAAUGACAAGGAGCUGUGCAGGCAGAGGGCGCUGUUCAAGCUGGCCACCAGACUGGUUCAAGCUGCGAGGAGUUCACAGCUUGAUGAGGACAGUCUCAAGCAGUAUGUUGCCAGUCUACGCAAGAAAUACCUCGAGGAAAUAUCUGCUUUUGAAGAGUGACUGGUGCCCUUAAUCAUACAUAUACCUUCUCAGUUGUAACAUGCUUAUCAUUUUAUUUGUUUCUUCUCAAAAUAGUUUUGUUGUUAAACAUACAUGAUAACUGAAAAUCUCAAAUGAUUUAAAUGAUCAUAUAUUAUGCUAUAUUUCUCUUGGGUCAUGUGUAAUUUUCAUGAAGAUGUUACAUCACAAAUAUUUUUAUGCCCCCGGAUCGAAAGAUCGGGGGUAUAUUGUUUUUGGCCUGUCUGUCUGUCAUUGUGUCAUUGCGUCUGUCCCAAAACUUUAAUCUUGGUUAAAGUUUGAUAACUUAUUAAUAUUGAAGAUAGCAACUUGAUAUUUGGCAUGCAUGUGUAUCUCAUGGAGCUGCACAUUUUGAGUGGUGAAAAGUCAAGGUCAUUUACCAUCAAGGUCAUCCUUUAAUGUCAAAGUUAAAAAAAACAUUGUAUUUUUCUUUCCUAAAACGUUAACCUUCGUUAAAGUUUUGUCAUAACUUUUUGAAUAUUGAAGAUAGUAACUUGAUAUUUGGCAUGCAUGUGUAUCUCACGGAGCUGCACAAUUUGAGUGGUGAAAGGUCAAGGUCAAGGCCAUCCUUCAAGGUCAAAUGUCAAAUUUAUGGCUUCAAAGCGGCGCAAUAGGGGGCAUUGUGUUUCUGACAAACACAUCUCUUGUUUUAAUAUAUGACCAUGAAUCAUUAUAAAAAUAAUUAUGAACCUUUGGUCUUUAUAUUAACUGCUUUUUUUCGUAAUGAUGAUCGUCUGCAAACAUUAAAAUUAUCGAUUGUGUUGAAAGUGUCAAACCGCCAACUUCAAAACUAGGCUUCUUCUUGAGCCGUGGAUUCUGAUUGGCUGUCCUAAUCACCAGAUUCACUCGUCACAUGCACCGCCUCUCCUACAGACAGAUCCAUACCACUGCAAAUAUUUAUAAGUUAUCAUUUUUCCCAAGCGCUAUUGUGAUGUGGAACAACCUCCCUGCCACUACAGUUUUACAUCCUGAUCUUGAAGGGUUUAAGCAGUCCCUGCUUUCCCCAUCAGCCCCUUGAACUCCGGGAGACAUGUUUUUAUCAGUUUUUAACCUUAAAUCACCUCACCAUAUAAUAAUUCUAACAUACUUCUAUCUUUCACACUUUUCACUUAUAACACUUUUAUCUGCACUGACUGCGCACCUGUCAAUAAUACCCGUAAGGGGAGUUAGACAGUAUAGAUAGAUAGAUAGAUAGAUAGAUAUAACAUUUGUAACUAUUUCCUGAUGUGCGGAAGCGUUUUGAAGAGUUCAUCUUGGUGCACAUAUUUGAUUGGAUGACAGAGGUUCAAAUCGGCGAUUCGAGUAUUCUGAUUGGUUAGAGCUGUUGCAUAACCUUUUACGGAGUCUGAGAAAUUGUAUCAAGGGGCAUCCAUAUAAAAGACGCGCCGCAGACGACUUAGGACACAUUCAACUCUUCGGCCACGCAACAUCUAAAAUUAUUUAAACUUUUAACGACUUAUUUAAUACAAUCAAGAAAGAUCUGGGAUGUCGGACAAAAUGUAACUAUAUUAUAUUCUUAUACAUUUGUUGUUUCGUGUUAGUAUAUUUUGAGAAGUAUAAAUAAAUAAGUCUCACUGUU